AUGGCUGUCACUGACAAAUGCGAGAUAGAGACGAAUGAUGUGUAUGGAUUACUGUAUAAGGAUGCCCAGCAGGAUCCUAAUCUUGAAAUGUUUCGACGUGAGCUUCUCACCACAGCUGCGAGGGCACUGGAUAAGGCUCGUAUGGUUCGAUUUGAUGAUGCCACUGGCUUUAUGCAUAUUACAGAUCUAGGGAGAAUUGCCAGUCAGUUCUACAUAAAGUAUGACACAGUUGAAAUUUUCAAUGAGUUUUUGAAAUCUGUUAUGAAUGAAGGAGACAUUUUAGCUGUGAUAUCACAAAGCACAGAGUUUGCACAACUAAAGGUACGAGACGAGGAGAUGAAUGAACUGGAUGACCUCCACCAGCAGUGUGAGGUGGUUGCAAUGGGAGGUGCUGAACACGUACAUGGCAAAGUCAACAUCCUUUUGCAAUCCCACAUCUCACGCAUCAGAGUAGAUAGUUUCUCACUGGUGUCAGAUAUCAAUUAUAUUACUGAUAACUCUGUGAGGAUAACACGGGCACUCUUUGAGAUAGUUCUGCACAGGAAUUGGCCUCUGAUGGCAGGUCGUCUGCUUACUAUGGCCAAGAUGUUAGAACACCAGAUGUGGCAUUUUGAGAGCCCUAUGAAGCAGUUUGCCCGCUUGACCCAUGAGAUUAUUGAGAAGAUUGAGGACAAGAGGCUCACCAUUGAGAAAAUCAGAGAUAUGGAUCCUAAGGAAAUUGUCAGAGGAAUGGGAUAUCAUAAAUGUUUCUUUGCUAUUUGGAAUGACGGGAAUUCAUGGGAGUCAGGAAUUGUAUUGGUAUGGGUAGAAGAUCCUGACAACAACCACAUGUACCACCAUGAGCAGUUUCACACCACCAAAAAGCAAUACUAUGUAAGAGCCCUCAGUGACAAGUGGCUCAGCUGCGAGUCUACGGUGUUGAUGAAUUUCCAGAAUCUAAUUCUCCCAGAGAGACAUCCUCCUCACACUGGUCAUACAAUACACAAUAUCAUGGAUGAAAUCUCAAAGUCUGUAGGUCUUAAUAAUGGUGUUCUCUUCAGAAACAUUCCAUUUCCUGCCCUGGUCAUAAAAUUUAGUGAGAUUAUUUCAACUGGUUAUAAAAUUCUGAUAAUUUUCCUGGGACUAGAAUAG